UGUUACUCAGUAACACCCGUGUCGUUUUCACUAUGGCGCGAGGGGUGUAAACAAAUGCGAUGGGAAAGCUCUUCUAUAUGGAAAAUACAUCUGCAAUAAAGAUGAUUUCUGUGAGACGCCUUUUUUAUCAUUUUAUUUAAACGCCGUGUGGAUGGAGGAACAGGUUUAGUGAUGCGAACAGGACGCAGAUCGUCGGAUUUUUGUAGCAUGAAGCGGACCAAAGCUUUACUUCAAAACCGCUUUCAAAUACACGGUUUCUGUUAAUGUAGAGCUGUUUAUAGUCGAAAUAAUGUUGACAGGGUCCAAGACCACCUUUAAAGUGAGGCAGCUCGUGCCAGACAUGAAGGAGAGAAUGUUGAGCCACAGUAGUGUUCACGCUCGAGGGAGAGAUGUCCUCGGCCUUUGCUGUUUGCCAGGUGAAUGUGUACUGCAGAGAGCCGUGCUGGUGAGGAAGAAGCUGUCGGCUAAAGAAGGAGGUGGUUGGUUGUCUGGGACUCUCUUCUGCACUCAUUUCAGAGUGGCUUUCGUACCUCAGGACAGACAGAAACCUGAUGACAAUGCUGAUCCUAUGCUGCUUGGAGACCAUGACGUGGCUCUCGCCUCUAUAGACAAAGUUGUUGCAGUGGGACCUUCUCGCACCAAACUGGUGACACCGAACUGCUCUCUGAAGUUCACCCCAGAGGAACUGCUGUUGUACUGUCGAGACCUGCGUGUCUUCUGUUUCCUGUUCGACAGACUGACACCUGAUGUGCAAGCUGUGGAGAUCACGUACACCAUUGCUAAGACCUACCAACCACUGAAACCUGGGACCCUCCUCUCCUUCCAGAAUGCUGCUUUGGGUAGUAUUGAGAUGAAGCAGUUCCUAAGCAACAGGCGACGUGACCCGAACAUGAACUGGUUCGAGUGUUCUUCGGACUGGGAGCAGGAGCUGGAGAGGGCGGGUGCAACUGGCUGGAGGGUCAGCUCUGUCAAUGACCGCUUUGAGAUGUCCACCAGCCUCUCAAGAUUCAUCGUGGUUCCCCAUCGGGUCCUAGACACAGAGCUCAAGAAAACAUUUGCUCACUUCAAUGAUGGUCGAAUCCCACGAUGGUGUUGGCGACAUCCACGGGGCAGCGACUUAUUAAGAAUGGCCAGUUUCCAAAAUAACAUUUACCAUGAAAAGGAGGACAUCAGAAAUCUGGAGCUGGUGCUUUUUGGCGGACACCAACUAUGUGUGAUCGUGGAUCUCGGAGAGGAGAUGCCAUCACCCGCGGACAUCCAGGUCGCUCACACGAGACUUCGGAUCCUUUGUCUUGGCGAUAUCUCAUCAUCUGUAUCAGUGCCAGAUGAUAAAUGGCUCUCCACCCUUGAAAGCACACGCUGGCUCGACUAUACCAGGUGCUGUUUGAGAAAAGCCGCAGAGGUUGCUUGUUUACUCCGAGGAGGUCACAUGACUGUUGUUCUUCAAGAAUCCGAGGAUCGAGAUAUGAACUGUGUGGUGAGCAGUCUGGUGCAGGUGAUGUGUGAUCCUCACUGCAGGACUGUGCCUGGAUUUCAGAGUCUUAUCCAGAAGGAGUGGAUAACAGCGGGACACAAAUUCCUCAGCCGGAUCAACUAUCACAGAGACUGUGAUAAAGAAGAGUCCCCUGUGUUCCUGCUGUUCCUGGACUGUGUGUGGCAGCUGUGGAUGCAGUAUCCAGCACGAUUCCAGUUUACAGAAGAUUACCUGCUGGCUUUACAUGACAGCGUGCAGCUGCCGAUCUUCAGUAGCUUCCUGGCCAACUCUCAGAGAGAAAGAUGUCGGCGCUCACAGAAUUUGCCUCAGAGCUAUACUCCAGUCAAUGGUCUGAGAGAGCUGCCUAUGGGUGACCCAGAGGAACCAGUAGACCCACCUUUUCCCCCGGUGUGGGACUGGGCCCUGCAGUACAGCAGUCUGAGACGAGCCCGCUUCACCCAACCUGUGUCACAGCCGGUCCGUCUUCCUCCGGUCCUCAACGGAAACCUCAAUAGAAACCAAGAACGCAGCUGGCACAAUGAUGGAGUGCCAGGUUCUGUGUUCCAGCUGUCCCGUGGUUCAUUCUCCAGUCCCUCCAACCUGCCUCCCUGGCGGAGCGGAAACUCCGGAUCUUUCCGGAAGAGUCACCGCAGGGCUCCGUCUUCCGAGAGUCUGACCGGACUUGAACGUCUCAUCAGAGCCUGUUCCCUUUCUGAUCCCUCAGACAACACCACGACCCUCCACGAUCCGUACGAACCCCUGUUACCCCUGCUCAUAGGGCCCUGUGUGAGAGUAUGGAGGGGCUGCUAUUUACGGGGUGUGCUACACGCCCAGGCCUUCUCACACCCCAUGUCUUCAUGCAGCCAGCAUCCAUUAGACCAGCUGGCCUACGAAGUGCAGGAGCUCGGAGAGAAACUUGCUCAGGUUUCUAUAAGACGCCCCGAAAACCAGACCAGACGACAGGAGCCACGCCGGCUGGAGUCUAACCUUAACCAGAAUGCCAACAAUGGGACCUUCCUCUUCUCUUCUAGAUCAUCUCCACAGCAUCCACCGGCCACCAGAGGUGCAUCCUACCCCUUCGAUCAUCCCAGAGACCCGCGCGCUGCGUCCGAGCCGCCCAGGUCUUCGCAGAGGAUUAACGGCAAGCACACGUUUCUGUUCGGCCACCAACAAGAAUCGCAACCAGUACAGCGGUACAUUUCCUCGCAGAGUGCCAAAUAUCCCAAACACCCAGGCAGCAUGCACUAGUCUAUAUGUAGACAGGAGAAAUGGCGCCCUCUGGUGUUACUGGAGUGAUCUAACGGGCGAACUAAGAUCUGCACUAGAAAAGUCACUUCAUUUCUAGUUUCUAUGCAUCAGAUGUGGAUUUGAAAAAGACACCACUUGGCACAAUAGCAGCUAUGUAGUGUUUAAAAAUAACUUGGUGAAAUUCUUCCUCUUUUAUGUUUUUUUAAUAAUUUUUUCCCCUGCAGCUUUGGAGAAUGUUUUCGGACAAACUGAACUAUGAAGUAGAUGGUGAUAGUAGUGAUAAUAUGUGUGCAUGUUAAAUGUUACGUCUCUGAGGUUCAUGCCAAAAUAUUCAUCGGGUACAUUUACCUUCUGUGUUGUUUAGAAGUAAUUCAUGGUACGGUAGGCUAGUAAACUAGUCAGGAAAAUGUAAAUUAGUCAGGGAAAUGGCUGCUAUGGCUAUAAUAAUGUAACAUACAGGUUUAGCAGUAUAUUGUACAGACACUAGAUGGAGACAAAAUAGUCAAAGAAAGUUUAGUGUGACACAUUGGACUUAAUCAACAACAAGCUUGCCUUUUAUUAUUAUUCACACAUAGUGGUACGAUGUGUCCAUUGCAUUUUUGGAUAUUAUUAUUAGUAUUUUAAAAAAUGAAGGAAAUGGAACAAAAACAAGAUGCAAUAUCUUAAACGUUACAUUAUUUAUACCCUGCAGUUUCUUAUGAUAUUUAAGUGUUAUUUUAUCAUGAAUCUGUCACGAUGAGAAGUAACUAAAUGUGUGGGUUGUGAAGAAAACAAAAGUGAGCACAAGAACUUAAUUCUUAUGUUGAAGGAUUUUUAUAUUUUUAUCUUGCGUGCAUGCUUUCGUUGACUUUCAAAUCGAGGUUUCACUUAAAUCAUUAUCUGUGGCCUGUUUGCAUGUUUUUGUAAAAUGUAUGGAUUUUAAACAUAUUCUGUUCAUAAUUUAAAAAAAAGUCAAGCACUUGUAUGCACAUGUGAUGUGGGCUUCAAGAAAUACAGGAACUACAGGUUCAGUUCGAUCCUUAAAGAGAUAGUUCACCCAAAAAUGAUUUUUUUUUCAUUAUUUACUCCCUCUCAUGUUGUUAAAGACCUUUAUAAAUGUAUUUAUUCUUAUAAACAUAAAGGAAAAUAUUUUGAGGAAUGUAACCAACACUGCAAAAAAUUACUUUCUUGGUAUUUU